AGUCGGUAGCGCGGGUCUGCUGCGGCCGGUCGAGCCGAGCGUCGGCCUACCCCCGCUCCCGCGCCAAACCGCUCGGCGUCGCGGCGCUGCCUGCGCGCGAGUCGACGUCGGGACGCACGUGGCCGUCGUUGUCCCCGGGCCGGCAUGCGCGGGUGACAUCGCCGACCAGGAUGACGUCGACGCCGUGGUACCGCGCCAUCCUCGGCGACGUGCUGGCCCGCUGGGCGCAGCGGGAACAGGACGGCGACAACGACAAGGACGCGUCCUCGCCGACGGGGAGAAGGUCGUGGACGCUGGUGCCCACGGCGGAGGCGCUCGCCGGCGACCCGGAGGUUGUGGCGCUGUACUUCCCGCCGCUGCUCGGCGACGACGACCUGGCGGAGCGGCUGCUCGAGCUGCACCACCGCGUCAACGACGCCCAGGAGCCGGGGCGCGGACGGCUGCGCGUCGUGCAGGUGCUGUCCCCGCUGGCCGCCGCCUCUUCGCCCUCCUCGCCGACGGCCGCGCCCCGGCUCCACAUCGAGGUGCCCUGGUUCGCGGUGCCGCCUGACGACUACGACCGGCAGCGCCGCCUGUGCGGCCGGUACCGGGUGCGCGCGGACGUGGCGCUGUCGCGGCUGCUGCUGGUGGACGCUCGCUCGGGCCGCCUCGUCUCGCGGUGCGGGCGGGAGCGCCUGCUCGCCGACCCCAAGGGCCUCUCCUUCCCCUGGCCCGCGCGGCCCCUGCCGCAGGUGCUGGCCGAGGCCUCGCUGCAGCAGCCCGCCGCCGGCGCCGCGGCCUCGGCCCCCGCCCACGGCCGGGCCCUGCUCGACGAGCUGCGGGCCGCGGCGCCCGCCGCCGGCGUGGUCGGCGUCUACUUCUCCGCGCACUGGUGCCCGCCUUGCAAGGCCUUCACCCCGCAGCUCGUCAGGACCUACAACGCUGUCCGUGAGCGAGGGAUCAGCUUCGAGGUUAUCUUCGUUAGCUCCGACAGGUCAGUAUCUGCGAGGCGGUUCGCGACAUUACCUCCUUGUUUAUCCUUCUGUUUAUCUUCCCCCCGCUCGCCAUUCCCAACGUUCCCCGGGACGUGAAAGUCUAUUCACUUUUGUUCGGAACAGAAAUAGAGGG